UAGAUAUACGCGUGUGUGUGCGCGUGUGUGUGCGUCGUAAUUGCUCCACAUUAUAAUCGUAUAAAUACUAAAUACGUGUGUGUGUGCAGUGCACAAAUUGCUCCUGCGCUACUGCUGCUGCAUACUCACUUCUGUGCGUUAUAAUAAUAAAUACAUUGCACCAUCGAAUCGUCGUACAUGUUAUUGUAUUUUUUUUUUUUCUGUUUGGUUAAAUAAGAUAUAUGAUGAGGUGUGCGCGUGUGUGCAGUGUGUAAAACAACAGUGUGAGAGCCGAUGAAUAUAUUGCAUCGGCCGCGGGACAGCGAAGUGAUACUACUGGCCGCGUAAUUUUACCCACGUGUCUUCGACGGCUUGCCGCAAUUGUGCUACGAGAGAAAGAAAAUCUACCGAUAAUCCUGCUGCGAACUUACCACCCGACUAAACGACGACGUGCUUUGCUACAUGCGUGUGUUGUCUCGUGCAUCGUCGUCGUAAAGUGUGCCUUCGAAUCGGCGAAUAAUCGAUAAUAAUGUGCUCGAAACAAUCGCCCAUCGUCCGCGUUUCGCGGCGAUGCGAGGAGACACGCUCGCGAAAAGUGGCGACCACCGCCACCGGUAGAGCCGAAAUCAUAACGACGACGACGUGCCUCGGUCGUCCUCGGCGCUAUAACAUAAGCAGCAGCCACCGCCGCUGCAGUAUUAGCAGUAGUAGUAGUGGAACGAGAAAGAGAGAGGAAGGAAAAAAAGAAAAAGUAAUAGUAUCAGUGGUGCCGCGUUCAAGAGGAAGCAACAGCAGCAGCAGCAGCAGCCACGAAGCGGAAGCGACGCUCGGCUCGAUUGACGUCACGCUUCCUUUGCUGCGCUACGUACUACUACGCCGUCGUCGUUCAAUGCCUCCUAGAAAAGAGAGAACUGCGCGAAACACACUUUUAGGAUGCUGCUGAAUUUUUAUAUGCUGACAAGCAGUUGGUAAACUCUUGCUCGAUUACUACCAAAAUGCCGAUAAAAUUGGUCAGGUGGUCACCCCGGAGGAAAUGUUCCAGCCGCUGGAGCACAUCGUCAACGAUCCUGAAACUUCAGUGAGAACAGCGCUGGUAGAAUGUCUUCCCCACAUAGCCCAGUUGGCGCAGGAAAAGUCGUUCGACGGCGAACGAAAUGCCGUCGUCAGUCGGGUGCUCAGCAUCGUUCUGCAGUACCUAAAAGAGGAAGGAUCGGUCAAACAAGAUGCCCUGGGGGCGCUCAAAAUGAUGCUGGAUCGCUUCGUUUUAACGCAGGAAGAAAUCGAGAACGACGUGUGCAAGGCCAUACUCGAGUUGGCGCGAAGCCAGAACUUCGAACAGCAGACCAUGGCGGUCACCCUUAUGACAAAACUUGGAGUGCAUGUGCCCCAUGAGACAAUAGAAAAAUUAUUUUUGGACCCAUUCAUUGAACUAUGCUCCAGUGACCAGCUGUAUGUCAGAAGAGUAUGCGCUUCAAUUAUGGGAGAUUUCUGCACCAUGAUGUCUGAAGAUGCUAUUUACAACAAACUUCUACAAACUUAUGCAAACCUGUGCAUGGAUUCCAUGUGGGACGUCCGAAAGACGACCGCAAGUGUUAUGAUGUCGGUUGCCAAAUGUGUGCCACUGACAAUGAGGAGAUUAUUGCUAGCAAAAUUGCUUGUAAAGCAUUUACGAGAUGAGUCGCGCUGGGUUCGCAAAUCUGCCUUCGAAAUACUGGGACCGUUCAUAGCCACGUUCGCCAAGCAAUUUUAUGAGCUUAUCAAUGGACCCAAGGACGAGCUUCUGCUUGUCUAUGAAAAUCAGCGGGAUGGUCAGAGCUUUGAUGUGGUACCAGUUGCCAAAAUCUCCGACAUUUUGACGGAAAAUCUAUCUGACAAGCGAACGCUCGAUGAUUUAAUUAAAUAUCACCACCUUAGAUCCAACGAUAAUAACACAAAGGGGCGCAGAAAGCGAGCCAAAGAACAAAAACUCGAUGAAAUGUGCAUAGAAUUGCGCCAGGCCUUUUUCUCUCAAGAUCAAAAGUUUUGUAAAGAUGAAUAUGAAAACUUCAAUCUAUUUCAAUAUUACUAUGAUCCCCCAGACAUGCCAUUAGAUCCUGAACUCGUCAACUCUAUAAUCAAUGAUAAUGACGCUCCCGAUGUUAAUAACCCCCCUCCUGUAAAUGAUACCGAGAAAGAAAAUCGUCUCGAUGAAAAUGAUGUAAAAAAUGCUAAUAAUGAGGAUAAUCAACAAAUUCAAUUGGAUGAUAAUAAAAAUACUGAAAUCAGUCAACCCGUUGAAAAAGACGAUAAACAAUAUGAUAAUAAUUUUAACAACGAGCAGCAGUUACAAGAGCAAGAUAGCAAUGAUAACAGCGAUAGUAAUGAUAGCAAUGAUAGCAAUGAUAACAACGAUAAUAAUGAUAAUGAUAAUAACAGCGAUAAUGGUGACGAGGAUGUCAAGGUAGACCAAAAUGAAUCUGAAGAUGGAUUUGAAUUCUCGAAAAACGAGGACUAUCUUUCUGAUGAAGAUGACUACGGUGAUAAUGAUGAUAGAGAUGAUAACAAAAGUAGGAAACUAAUUCGACGGUAUAGGGUUCGCGCUGUGCGUAAAGAACUUAACAGAUCCCUUGAUACAACUGUAAAUAUAAUGGACACAUCACUAGAGCAAAACUCGACAUUUAAUGUGAGUAGUAGUUCCGGUGGUGUAUCGGGUCUUCAAGCUCUCGAAGAUGAUCUAGUGUUUGAUGACGAUGAAAUUGUACCGCGUAUUUUGGUCGACUACUUUAUCUCGAUGGCUGAGUUACCAUUAAAUGACAACGAGCUCGGAGGUGAUCUUGAUUAUCACUGUGCUUUCAGUUUUCCCGCGGUUGUUUUAACGCUGGGUAAGGAUAACUGGCAUCGAUUGAAAGAUGCGUACCAGCGAUUGGCAGGCGCUGUUGCGUGGAAAGUACGAAGUACGCUCGCCUCGAGCAUACACGAAAUCGCUCGCAUCAUCGGAAAAGAGCUGUCGGCUCGCGAUCUUGUUCCUAUUUAUAACGACUUCAUCAAUGAUCUUGACGAAGUCAGAAUAGGUGCUCUCAAACACUUGUCUACAUUUUUGGAAAUACUCAGCCCGCAAGAUCGCAUGCAAUAUCUGCCUAAACUGAAUGACUUCCUCAUUACCGAUAGCAAAUGGAACUGGAGGCUUCGCGAAGAACUUGUGAAGCAGCUUGCGAAAAUCAUUGAACUCUACCAGCCAAAAGACGUGGCACAAUACAUAUCGCCCCUAUUAAUGCAUCUACUGCAAGACCGGGUUGCAUCUGUAAGACUAGAAGCUCUUAAUGCUAUGUCGUUGAUGAUCAAAUUUUUGUCGGGACCCUCAGAAAAUCUUGCUCUUGCACUGAUUCGAGAAAUGAGAGAUUUACUCGUCCGUCAGUCUGCUGAGCGUUGGAUUAUCCGACAGACUUAUGCAUUAAUAUGUUCAAAGCUUAUUACCAAUGGAAAUGUUAAGGGUGAUAUCUUUGCAAGAGAGCUACUACCUUAUCUCCUGUACUUGGCCAAUGAUCGGGUACCGAACGUGCGACUUGUCGUCGCCAGAACUCUUGUUAAGGAUGUUAUUUUGCUUCCUCACUUUUCUUGUCCUUCGAAUAAUGAUGAUGAAGGACAAAAGGUUUAUGAAAAGUUGAAGAUGAUGCAAUUAGAUGCCGACAGAGACGUACGAAUUUUCGCAAAUCAGUUAGAUUGGACGGUGAAAAAUUCAACAAAUUCUGAAGCAAGAACAUGAAAAAAGUAAUUGAUAUUGUUAACGGCGUAUCAUAGAUCAUCGAUUUUUUUAAUAUUAACAUCUGAUUAUGUACAGAAGUCUGUGUAACAUAUAUACUAUGAAAAGCGAUAAAUUAUUGAUGAUUUUGAUAAAUUAAAACUACUUCUAUAAUAUUUUUGAGAUUCAUGUAUGUGCUUUUGUGCAGCAAUUUUUUUUAAUUUGUUUGGAUUUUCUUAUUUUGUAAAAUAAAGUGAUUUGUUUUCUAUGUGAGAUUGAAUUUUAGUGAGAAAGGAAUUUUACCUGUUGCCAACGUUUUAAUGCAAAUUGUGAACACUGAAUUCUAUCUUUAAACUUUCUAGUUCAAAGUAAAUCACUGCUGAUUUUUAUUGCAAAAUUAUUACAAUCGAAGAUGGCGGUAUUAAUUGUAUGAAUGCAUGGUAAUGACUGUGGCUACGUGUAAUAUUUUUUUAUUAUCAAUUUGUACUAUCGAUAAUUAAAUGAUAUGUAAGAAACUAUUAUAAUUAUCAAGAAAACUUUAUUCAAAUUACCAUUUAAAAUGGGAGUUUUACCGAAAAUAAAUCUUUCACUCAUUAAACAAUGCCACUAGUGAAGUACUGAAGUUUUUUAUGAUAUUUUAUCAAGCCAUUGUUUUUUUCAACAAUCAUUGAUUAAUGAUAGAUGUAGACUGGAGUACCGAACUAAGAAAAGUAUUUUUGACGUAUUUAAUUAUACUGCCGUUUUAGUAUACUAGAUUCUGCUGAUCAAUUUCUUGUACAAGAAAAUGGGAAUGAUUGUAUCAAAUUCAAAAAUGAAAUUAAACAAUAUAUUCAUAAAAAUUGA